GUGAAAGUCCCACGUUGAUAACACACGCAUGUGGUCCCAAAGUAAUAAAAUGCGAUGCUGUCAAUAGUACAGUACCUAACAGAUAUUUCCGACUGAAAUCUUUCUUUCACAUUCCCCGCGAUCUAAAACCCAAGGCACAUGCUGGUUCCCGAAUUUAUAAGGCCCACCUUCCUAAAUGUAGUCUUGUUGCAAACGGAGUGUCUUGGGACUGACGUGGCAACAAACGGGAUACCUAGGGUCUAGCUCGGGUCAAACUCGUACUUCCCUUCUUCUCAAACCUUCGGCAUCCAACUUGACUUCAGGAAAUACACCACUGCAACUGGGCGCGCCUGUGAAGCAGGGCAGUGCUAUCCGCCAUCAUGUUGACGCCCACAAGCCUCAAUCCCAACAUCUACUUCUACCCCAUCGGCAACACUACGGCCAUAUCUAUCACUCAGUCACUUGCACCACAGACGACAGGGAGUGUCUUGCUUCUUGGUUGUGGAGAUGUUCGCAACAUCUUAUUCACCAAACAUAUGGACGGAAGCCGCUUGGAUUUUACAUGCUGUGAUAUACAGCAGGCUGUCAUCGCCCGCAACAUCGUCGUCCUUUCUCUCAUCAUUGACGAUGAAGAAGGUCGAAACCAAGAUUCCAUAUGGAAAAUUCAAUUUUACAUGUACCUCGACGAGAAAGCCCGCGACCUGCUUGCCCUGCAAACCAAGAAACUCUUUGACGCUUCACAAACUGUGGAAGCUUGGCAAUCGAGCAAAUAUGGCACCGAAUUCAGGUUCUGCAGCAUGUCCACGAUGAGCGAUGUGAGAAAUAUGUGGGAUUUCUACAAGGAAGGGACGAAUACCGAGCGUCCAGGCUCCCUGCAGCAGUUCAUAGCUAUGAUGAAUGGUGCGCGAGACCAUCAGGCGCGUAGAUCUGGAAGUUCCACCUUCAACUUCACUGCCCUUCGGUCGACCAAACCAGCUCUUCUUACGCCGAGCUUAAUGAAAGACCUCGAUACACUAUACAAACAUUUAGAACUAAGACGAAUAUGGCGAGGUGAAGCCAUCGCCAACGAAACCCCUGGUUAGCGGCAGCGCGGUCCGCUCAGAAGCCAGGACUCCACGAUACAGUGAGCUGUAGAACGUGCUUGGGAGAAAACUCUUCUCUUUCCCUCUUAAGCUUGAGUAUACACAAUUCUGCGUCAUAACCUCCGUGCAUCGCUGUCGGCUGUGACCGUCACAUAUCGCCAAGCUUCCAUCACAUCCUUUACAUGUACGACCC